AUGCAUUCCAUCUGCAUCGAACGGCAGCAGCACGCCUCCUCCCACCUCUCGCCUACCUUAAAAAUCCCCUCCCCACCUCCGGCAAACCACAAAACAAAUUCACCACCGCUCCUCGACCUCCAUCCGCUCGCCGCUCGAACCAAGGAGAGAGCGUCAGCCAUGUCCGGGCGCGGCAAGGGAGGCAAGGGGCUCGGCAAGGGCGGCGCCAAGCGCCACCGGAAGGUGCUGCGCGACAACAUCCAGGGCAUCACCAAGCCGGCCAUCAGGCGCCUGGCUCGCCGGGGCGGCGUGAAGCGCAUCUCGGGGCUCAUCUACGAGGAGACCCGCGGCGUGCUCAAGAUCUUCCUCGAGAACGUCAUCCGCGACGCCGUCACCUACACCGAGCACGCCCGCCGCAAGACCGUCACCGCCAUGGACGUCGUCUACGCCCUCAAGCGCCAGGGCCGCACCCUCUACGGCUUCGGCGGCUAG